AUGGCUGGCGUGGACCUGUUCUCGCAUCCCGCGCUGUACACGCGCUACCGGGCUGGGCUCUGCUCCGCCGCUGCACUGGCGCUGUUGCUCAUCGCGGCGCUCACCUAUGUGCCGCCGCUGCUGGUGGCCUACCGGAGCCACGGUUUCUGGCUGAAACAGAGCGCGUACCUGGAGCAGCCCACUGUUCGUUUUCGGUACGAGGUUCUCUUCGUCGCCACCUUGGGGUCCGGCCCGGGCAGCUUCUUGGCUUGGAGCACAUUCCCAGCGUUCAACAGGCUGCAAGAGGACCGGCUUCGAGUCCCGCUCCUGUCGACUAGAGAAGAAGACAAAAAUCAAGAUGGCAAAAUGGAUCAGUUGCAUUUUAAAUUGGAACUUCCACUACGACCAACAGAGCAUGUAGUUGGCAUUCAGCUGAUUCUACUCUUUUCCUACCAACUUUAUAGAAUGUCAACAUUUGUGAUGCAGAGCAUGGCUUUUCUUCAGUUUUUUUCUCCUGUGCCAGGGUCUCAACUCUAUGUGAAUGGAGACUUGAAAUUAAACCAGAGGCAAUUACUUAACCAUUGUGGAUUGGAUACCAGAUACAAUGUGUCUGUGGUCAAUGGCACAAGUCCUUUUGCAAGUGAUUAUGAUCUAGCAAACAUCAUUGCAGCAUAUUGGGAUAGAAAUGUGACAACAGUCUUUUCAGAUCCCAGCCCUGUUUGGAUGACUGGAAGAGCAACAGAUACACCAUUUAUCGUUAAUGCCACCAUUCAUUACCCAGUGGAAGUUAUCUUAUAUCAGCCAGGAUUUUGGGAAAUUAUUAAAUUUGCCUGGAUCCAGUAUGUCAGCAUCCUCCUUAUCUUUCUUUGGGUGUUCGGUAGGAUUAAGACCUUUUUGUUCCAGAAUCAGGUGUUGACUACAAUUCCAGUAUCACCCGUUCUGCCUGUAUCUCCAGUACUAUCCUACAAACAGCACCAGUCCUGAAGAGAUGCCUGAGAACACUUUAUAGAAAUGCCAUUCAAAAAUAGUUACCUGAUAUUAUUCUCUAUACACUUCUUACUUCAGAAGAUCAGAAUUUUGUAAGUAUGUUCCAAGUAUGCUCUGUUUGUGCUUCCUUUUUAAAUUACAUGUUCAUUCAUCUUUUUUCUUUGGGAACACUGUUUUGAAGCUGGAAAAUUUAAUUUUUUUGACAGUUAAAGAAGAGCCUAGUUAUUUUUUUUGCAACUGGAACAAGCCUGAAAAAGCAUCUUGAAAACUGAAAAUAAUAUGCAAAAAGUAACAGCAUUAACUGGUUUUACUUCUUGUAAAUCAAUUCACUGCAGUCUUAGAGUUGUCAAGAGUUAUUUGUACGUGCAUUUGUGUGCACUAUGAAGCGCAAAAUUGAGUUAAGGUCAGAGAUGUGCUUCUUUAUCUGUGGCUAUAAAUACUUGGCAAUUUAAUUAUUAAAUUGGAUGAUUAAUAAAUUCAAGGUUGAUGUAAGAAACCAAGUUUUGGGUGAUAGUGUGUGCAAAAUUUGCACAACCAUUUACUGUUGGCAUUAUUAGUGUAGCCACAGACCAUUAAUUGUGAAUAGUAAAACAGAGAAUCCUUGUAUCCACUGAAAGAGAAGUAGCAAAAAAUUGUACCAGGGAAGCCUUAGUUUCAAAGUAAGUGAAUAAUUAUCUUCAGAACUUAAAUAGUUUAGAACAGAUAAAAAUUAUAAUCACUUGGUGGACACUGAAAGACUGUGUCACUCAUUCUUGAUGGCGGUGAUCAUAGGGAAGGAAACUUUGUCUUCUUUUUCUGGGCUUACUUUUUAUGCCAGACAAGCUUUCAAGUGAAAACAACAAAGUUUCCAUUAUGUUUUCAGUUUUGUAUUAAAGAAUUAAUUCUAGCAAAGCAGUGUUAUGGCAGGACAGAAUUUUAAAGAAUUCUAGAUGCUAGAAUUCUGCAAAAGAUUCCAAAUGUUUUUUGUUCUCUUGAAUUCUUAAGACACAGUGCAGCUAUGAAAUAUGACAGACCAGCUUAGCAGGAUGCCACCUUUUGGCCAUCAUCCUCUAGAAUUCAAUGUCCUGGCAGUUGGGAUAGCUACCCUUUCCAGAAAUCUCCAAUUUGCUCUUCGAUUUUUGAAGUCUCUGUGUGGCAGAGUAGGAUUACUGAUAACUGGCUUUGUAUCAGCAUCUCCAGAAUCAAAGCAACUGUGUAGAGCUUUUUAGGGCAUCUAGCUGCUGCACAGCAUGAAUGAAGGGGCUGUGAGCUUGUUUCUCCCAUAUCUCAAGCUGAUGUACAUUUGAUGUGCUCUGCCUUGCAGCAGUAAUGGUGCUUGUGUGACUGCAUGAGUUAAUUCAGGGAAUUCAUUAUGGUGAAGACUGUAGGAGAAUAGUUUGUAAGGAUAGUGCAGAAGGCAGUCUUUCCCAAUGAAUUAAGCUGUAUUGAUUACUGAGGAGUGGAAACAGCUUUGCCUGCCCAAUGAGGAUGGGUGUUAUAAAAGAGUGGGCCAGCUAGUCAAGAGUUACAGUUGUAGCUGGGGUCUGCUGACUGUGCUGUGAGGAAGUAAGGGAUAUGCAGUCGUGCAAGAGACAGGGUAAGAUGUUGUGUGAGGGGUAGAGAGGGUCAGGUGGCUGGUAAAGGACAGGUUUGGCUUUAGCCAUUCGUGCAGAAGAAAAAGAAACUUGCAGAGAGGAGAGGAGUCAGUGCUGUGUGGACUUGCCUGUGUGAAAAGGAGUCAGAGAUACCUGAGAGAAGGCAUGAAAAGGUUUUUUUUAAAUAAAAGACUGGUGAUAGUGCCAGUCAUGUCCUUCUCAAGAAAAUUACUACAGAAUAUGAUCUUUAUCAAGUAUAUAAUCACUUUUUCAGACAAGUCAGUUCACUGACUGAGGAGACCCUUGAGCCUAUCAAGGGAACCUCUAGGGGAAUGCUCUGAAAAAGUCUGGUAUGGGCUUCAAGAAUGCCUUACUAUCUGAAAUGAGACCAAAAGGCUUCCAUCGUGGUCCUCUGCAGCACUGUGUUACUCUGUCCGUGUUCCCUAUAGGUCACUGCCCUUUGACCUGACCCUGUACUUUAACCAAGACACUGCAGUGAUUUUGUCUUUUGUCCCUGGAUUCCUUCAGCAUGGGUUGGCAAUAAACCUUGCUGGAGCUCUAUA